AUGGCGGGUCUCUACUUUGGCCACGUGCUCGAGUUCCCGACCGUGCGCAUCGACUCGUUCGGCCCCCGCCCCCCGCACGCCGCCCUCCACCACGUCCCCGUGUCCCCCGGCGGCCGUGUCUCGUGGUACUCCCCGCCGCCCGCCCAGCUGUUCCUCCUGAGCCACACCCACGCAGACCAUGUCCUCGGCCUCCACUCCGACUGGACAGGCACCAUCAUCACCUCCCCGGACAGCAAGGGUAUGCUCCUCAACCUCGUCCCGGAGAGAGAGCGCGAGUGGCUCUAUAGAAACAUCCGCCAGCGUCCACGGAGGAGGUUCGACGGCCUCAAGCCACGCGUCGGAGCCAGCGGAGCCAUCGUAGACAGAAUACAAACACUGCCGUAUGGGGUGCCGAAAGAAUACAACAUCGCAUAUGACAAUGGGAGUCCGGUAUAUGUCACCGUCACACUCUUAGAUGCCAACCACUGCCCCGGGUCUGCCAUGUUUCUCAUCACCUCCCCGACCAAAGCCGUACUCCAUACCGGUGAUGUGCGAGCAGAUUCUCGGUUCAUCGAGUACCUCAAAAGGCACCCUGCGCUGCAAGAAUUUCUUGCGCCCUCUUCCACCUAUCGACAUGCCAAGGAUGGUGUGGGUGGGGGACGGCGAGUAUUGGACAGGAUCUACCUUGACACUGCCGCCAUGCUCGGUACAGGGGAUAUGCCUGACAGGGAGCCAGUGCUACAGGAGAUGGUCGAGAUCAUGGCCCGGUAUCCUCAAGACACCAUCUUCUUUCUCAACACUUGGUGUUUUGGGUGGGAGCAGGUCAUCAAAGAAGUCGCGCGAUUUUUCAACGACAAGGUCCAUGUCGACUCGUACAAAUCAGAUAUAUACAAGUCCAUCACCACCGACCCAUUUCUAUUCCGCUGCACCACUCAAGACCCCACCGCCACACGUUUCCACGCCUGCGAGCGCUUUGUCAAGUGCCCCGCUUGCAGGCGGUUCAACGAAGAGGGCGAGGCAGUGCACAACCUCGACAAGAGGAUUGUGCAUGUCAAUAUGGUAGAGGUCAAGAUGGCCGAGUGGGAUACGCGGAGGGGAGAGUUUAUGCGCGUCCUGGAUCGGGCUGCGAUGGGCAAAGGGCACUGGCCUUACAACAUUGACAUUCCCAUCCCCCGGCACAGCUCCCUCCCCGAACUCCAAGCCCUCGUCAAACUAUUCAAACCCCUCAACCUCACCCCCAACACCGUCGCCUCCUACGCCCGCGGUCUCGACUACUACCUCCUCCCCGACCUCUUUUCAGAGUGUAUCGCCCCAGGCGCAUACGAGCGUAUCGUCAUCGAGCGGACGCAUUACCUGGGGCAAAAGUAUGGCGAGUGGUAUGUGAAAGGCUUGGAUUUGAUGAGGGAGACGAUGGGGCUGGGGCUGGUACCGGACUUGGAAGCUGUGGAGAGGGAAGAUUAUCAUUAUGCGCGGCAGGACUAUAUCCAAGAGUCUGAAGAUGUCGCGCGGCAGAUCCAGCCGCCGAGACCGGGUUCGAGGAAAGAGAUCUCCAUCGACCAAGUUUCCCGCGCUGGGGGACUGCCUUCCCUCGCGCCGGACGACAUUUACGCGGCUGCCCGUGCCAUCAUGGGUCUGGACCCUGAAGAGGACGGCCAGAAGAAGAAGAGGGGAAAGCAGGUGAUGACUGAUCCAGAGUACGAGACGGAUCGCGAGUCGUAUGGGAUGAGGUCGAGCCCUGGUCCGGCGCAGGAUGAUGCGGAGGUGAAGGAGGAGGUGGGGGAGGAUUUGUUUUUGGGGGUGAAGGAAGAGGAGGGGACGCCAAAGGCUGUAAAGGUCGAGGCUGAACCGGGUCUAGAGAUCAAAGAGAGAAUACAACCCAUUGUCAAAUCAGAGCCCAUCUCCCCACCGUCCAUAUCCACGCCUCAGCCAUCCAUUGCCCCCCCUGCCGGCCCUUCGAUAAUGCCAGAGCGAGUCAAAGUCAAGGAAGAGCCGCGUGAAAGGCUAACAGAGCCUCCUUCCAUGGCGUCCGCCACAACUCGAAAGAGAAGGAAGGCAAGGAGGUCCUUGACUGCAGAAGAAAAGGAACAGAUAAAACGAAGGCUGGCGGAAGGCGGCGGAGAGGGACUUGGUCGCAAUGUCGUCAAGAAGGAAGUUGAGUGA